AUGUUUGAGUCUUCUAGCCGUACAUCGCAACUUAACUCAGAUACUGUUGUGGCCAAUCCAGAGGAUUACUACCUUCGUUUUCAAAUAAAAAACAUUGAUGAGAUUCCUAAUUUGAACGAGGAAGUUGUUUUAACCAUCAUCGCUACUAUAAUCGAUUUUGAUAUGGAUGAAGGCUGGUAUUCAUUUUAUUGCCAUGAUUAUUCUAAAAAAGUUACUAAAAAUGAUGUUGAUGUUGAUGCUGGCCCUUUUCACUGUGAUGGUUGUGGAUUAGUCUCGGAUGUAUAUGAAAAGAUUAGGAUAGUAGUUCGUGUGCAAGAUGAAACUGGGUCUUCUUCGUUCGUAUUGUUUGAACGUCAUGUAAAAAAUCUUAUUCAUCGUGGAAACCAAUGGUUGAUGGAAAAAAUAGCUAAGGAUCAAGGACACCAACAGAAACCUGAUGAGUUCAAAAUCCUUCUAAAUAAGAAGUUUGCCUUCAAAGUUCAGAUAUCCAUGUUCAAUCUGCAAAACAACUAUCGUGCUUACACUGUGCAGAAGUUGACUGAUGAUGAAAGGGUUCUUGUUGAGGUUUUUAAACGGCCACCAAAUCAUGAACACCAUAUUCUAAAUGAUAAUGGUACUCCUAUUAACAAGUCAAAUAAGGAUAAUAUUGAUUCUGUGCAUGAUGACAAUCUUGCUGUUGUUGACCUUGAAGCUUUAACACCAUCAUCCAGUACGGGGAAGCGCCCUAUAAGUAUUGAUGCCAACACUGAGUCUUUGGAGUGGUCUUCUUCAAAAAUUAGUGCUUGUUCCAGCUACCUUGAAGAUCCCAAAGUUGGAAAAGUUGGACUAAUAUGAAGCCAACCAUUAACAUUUUACAUUUCAUCUUCAAUAUGUUUAGAGACAUUUUCUUUUUAAUCUUUUGUGUUGCAUUUUUAAUUGUCUGUUUAUGGAUCUAUUAGUUGUUUUUAAAAUUUUAUUGGGAUGUUAUUUGGUCUGAACACGAUGAUAUUCGUGCUAUUUAUGACAAUUUCAAGUUAUUGAACUGUUUUGAUUUAAUG